AGACGGCGAGGUGCAGCGCGCGCCCAGCCGCAGCCAUGCCGGUGUCCGCUGAGGUAGCUGCGCUGUCCUCGCUGCCGCAGAUCCAGCCCUGCGCCGCCGACAAGGCGUGCGAGGCGGCGCCGGCGACGCCCAGCGCGGCGUGGUUCGCGAGCCUGCCGGACCGCGCGCGCCACGAGCGCUUCUUCCGCGACAUGACGGAGCUGCUGCUGGAGGAGGCCGUGUUCGAGGGCACGAGCCGCGCCGGCAAGGUGGUGGAGUGGCGCGCCCCCGGCGAGCUGCGGCAGCUGCUGGACCUGGAGCCGUCCGCCGAGCCCGCCUCGCACCAGAGGCUGCUCGAGCUGGCGCGCGACACCGUGCGCUACAGCGUCAAGACGGGCCACCCCUACUUCCUCAACCAGCUCUUCUCCAGCGUGGACCCGUACGGCCUGAUGGGCCAGUGGCUGGGCGACGCGCUCAACCCCAGCGCCUACACGUACGAGGUGGCGCCCGUCGUCACGCUCGUGGAGGAGGCCCUGCUGCGCGAGAUGCGCCGCGUCGUCGGCUUCCCCGAGGGCCGGGGCGACGGCGUGUUCAGCCCCGGCGGCUCCGCGUCCAACGGCUACGCCAUCAGCUGCGCGCGCCACCACCUGCUGCCCGAGGUCAAGACGCGGGGACUGCACGGCCUGCCGCGGCUCGUGCUCUUCACCUCGGAGGACGCGCACUACUCCAUCAAGAAGAUGGGCUCGUUCCUGGGGCUGGGCGCGGACAACGUGUACCUGGUGGCGUGCGACGCGCGCGGCCGCAUGAGCUGCGCCGACCUGGAGGCGCAGGUGCAGCGCGCGCUGGGCGAGGGGGCGCGCCCCUUCAUGGUGUGCGCCACGGCAGGAACGACGGUGCUGGGCGCCUUCGACCCCAUCGCCGAGGUGGCGAACGUGUGCGAGAGGCACGGACUGUGGUUGCACGUGGACGCCGCUUGGGGCGGCGGCGCGCUGCUGUCCCGCCGGCACCGCCAUCUGCUGCGCGGCGUCGAGAGGGCGGACUCGGUGACGUGGAACCCGCACAAGCUGCUGACGGCGCCGCAGCAGUGCUCGGUGUUCCUGGUGCGCCACCAGGGAGUGCUGGCGGCCAGCCACUCGGCGAGCGCCGAGUACCUCUUCCAGAAGGACAAGUUCUACGACACCAGCUACGACACGGGCGACAAGCACGUGCAGUGCGGCCGGCGGGCCGAUGCCCUCAAGUUCUGGUUCAUGUGGAAGGCCAAGGGCACGGAGGGCCUGGAGAAACACGUGGACACGGCGCUGGACACGGCCGCCCACUUCGCGGCCAGGAUCCGGGACCGCGACGGCUUCAAGAUGGUGCUCGACGAGCCGGAGUUCGCCAACGUGUGCUUCUGGUACGUGCCGCCCAGCCUGCGCGGCGCCGCCGACCAGCCAGACUUCAGCAGCCGCCUGCACAAGGUGGCGCCCAAGAUGAAGGAGCGCAUGGUGCGCGCCGGCUCCAUGAUGGUGACGUACCAGCCGCUCCGGGACCUGCCCAACUUCUUCCGCCUCGUCGUGCAGAACUCGGGCCUCACGCACGCCGACAUGGACCACGUGGUCGACGAGUUCGAGCGGCUGGGCGCCGACCUGUGACCUCGUCUCAGCUCCGCCGCGGCCGGACUGGUUCCCACCCGGGGCACCAUGACCUCUCCCGACAACAGUUCAUGUCUCUGUCCCAAUUAUUUGUUUGUUCAACUUAGAUGGCAAGUCAAUCAUUUAAUAGCCAUCAUUUCAAUUUCAACACAUCGCAAGUUGGAUAGUAAGCAAAAAAAGUACCUACCAGAUUUUUAAUAUUUGACGAUAUACAAUGUAUGUAUAUUUCAAUACAAAUGAGUCAUUUCAUCUGCCCUCCAAAAAACAAUAUCUCUUUUUGUGUUAUAACACUACGAUUUUCAAGUAAAUAAAAAUUACUUUUUUUUUUCAUUUAGCGCUCCCCCUCCAACCCCCCCCCCCCCCCUAAAUGCGGUCCCCGGGGCACAAGCCCCUUCUGCCCCCUUCUGUUACAUCCCAGUUCGCACGCCACUGCAGUGGACUGCAAGUCCAAAUUCGGUUUCACGCAGUCAAAGUGAAAAAAAAAAAAAAUGAAGCAAAUGCUCAAUUAUGUAUUUAUUGUUGACGUGCGCAGGAGACAAUGCCAUGGCUAAGUUGGUUCUCGGCCAGAAUUCUCGACUCUACUUUCGUUUGUUUUUAGGGAUGAAAAGUCUUUGUUUUAUGAUCUUAUAUAUAUAUAUAUAUAUAUAUAUAUAUAUAUAUA